ACACUCUAGUCUCUUUCCAUGGGGAGAAGCCCUUGCUGUUCCAAAGAGGGUUUGAACAGAGGAGCCUGGACUGCUCUUGAAGAUAAAAUCUUGAAAGAUUUCAUUAAAAUCCAUGGUGAAGGCAAAUGGAGAAACCUUCCCAAGAAAGCAGGGCUUAAGAGAUGUGGAAAGAGUUGCAGGCUUCGUUGGUUAAAUUAUCUAAGACCAGAUAUCAAGAGAGGGAACAUAACUCAUGAUGAAGAGGAACUCAUUAUCAGACUUCACAAGCUCUUGGGAAACAGAUGGUCACUGAUAGCUGGAAGGCUUCCAGGGCGAACAGACAAUGAAAUCAAGAAUUACUGGAAUACAACUUUAGGAAAGAAAGUGCAGGGUAACACCUCAACCACUUUGUCUCCUAAUCAAAUCUGCAGCAAUUCUAAAGAUAAGAAGAAGCCAACCAUGGAAGCAUCAGCACCACCACCACCAACUUCUCCUAAGAAGAUGAUGGAAUCACGAGUGGUAAGGACUAAGGCAUUGAGGUGUACCAAGGUGUUCCUAACAACACCUCAUCAUGAACAACCAGACACACAAGCCCAAACCUAUAUGAAAGGAGAUAACAAUAUGUACUACCACAAUCAAGUAGUAGGGUCAUCAGAAACUCCUGAAGAUGAUAUGUUGGAUCUCAAUGUAGGAGAAUUCUGUUUAACGGAUCUUCUACUGGACUCUGACUUGGAUCAACUCUGUCAUUUCGAUGAUGGGAUUGGAAAUAUUUACAGUGGCGACGACAACAACAACAACAACAGCAACAGCAACAGCAACAAUAAGGAGUUUUCGCCAUGUUCUGAUCAGGAGCCUCUACUGUACCCAGAUGAUGAAAUGCUGGAAGAUUGGACCGGAAAUGAUUGUGUUCAACCGGACGUUGCAUCUGAUCUCCGGUCGUUGGCCUCUUUUCUUGAUGCAGAUGAGGAGUGGUUAGGAGAACAAUAA